AUGUCUCGAAUGUGGGAGGUUGAUCCAGAGACGAAGGCCAAGCUUCUUCAAAUCUCCAAGACGAAUGGAAACGACAGAUGCUGCGACUGCGGUGCUCCUUCGCCCCAAUGGGCCUCACCUAAAUUUGGAACCUUCAUCUGCCUCAACUGCGCUGGCACGCAUCGUGGAUUAGGUGUGCAUAUCUCCUUCGUCCGCUCCAUCACCAUGGAUGCCUUCAAGACGUCCGAGAUCCUCCGCAUGGAGAACGGAGGCAACGACCCCUGGAAGACAUUCUACGACAACCACCCCAUCACGCAGUCCGAAGGCCGGACCUUCGAAGACUCAACCAUCAAGGAACGGUACGAAGGCGAAGUCGGCGAAGAAUGGAAGGAGAGACUCUCCGCCACCGUCGAAGGCCGCGAAUACGUCCCCGGCCAACCGAAGCCCAAAAAACCAGCCGCGGAGCCGUCCACCUCCCGGUCGAGCACGCCGUUCACGAACACGAACACGAACACAAACAGGGGCAGCGGCGCCGGCUCCCCCGCCUCGCACGACGGCCUCGACCCCGCCGGCGCGAGCAGGAAAGAUCGCAACGAGGCAUACUUCGCCAAACUGGGGUCCGAGAACGCAGCGCGCUCGGCCUCCCUGCCGCCCUCGCAGGGUGGGAAAUUCACCGGCUUCGGCGGCGGCUUGCCCCCCACGGCAGGAUCCAAGACAUCCCCCGCGCGCGGGGCGGUGCCGGGCCUAGACGAGUUCCAGAAGGAUCCCGUCGGCGCGCUAACGAAGGGGUUUGGCUGGUUUACGACGGCUGUUGGGAAGAGCGCGAAGACAGUCAAUGAGAUGUAUAUCCAGCCUACGGCGAAAACGAUAGCUGAAUCGGAAUUCGCGGCCCAGGCGCGCCUCCAGGCUGCGCAGCUGGGCCAGAAUAUCCAGGUUGGCGCGCGCGGCGCCGCGGACCAUUUGACUCGCUUCGUUGAGGGACCGGAUGAUGGCGCGGCGGCGGCGGCGGCCCGGCGGCGCCAGGAGCCCGAGCGGAAGGAUUUCUGGGAUGAGUUUGCCUCGUUGGGGGAGCAGGAUACUCACCGGCGGAAUACGUCGCGGUCGAGUGCGAUCGGGACGACAGCUAUCAGGCCCAGUGGUGGGGGGCCGACUGGGGGGUCGUCUGGUGCUGGGUCGGGGAAUGCGACGGGGACGGCGUCUUCGGGUGGAAGAGGGGGUGACGAGGGAGGGUGGGAUGAUAACUGGUAG